AUGAGGAGCACCCUGCUGUUCACAGCCAUCCUGGCCCUCAGCCUGGCUCAGAGCUUUGGGGCUGUCUGUGAGGAGUCACAGGAGCAGGUGGUGACCAGUGGGGGCCACAGCAAGAAGGACUCGAAUCUCUACCAGCUGCCCCCAUCGUCCUUGCUCCAGAAACUCUACAACGGCCGCUCAGUCUCUCUGGAGGAAUUGCUCAAAGUGCUGAGCAAGGCUAGCCUCGAUCCUAAAGAAUCGUCACUUCCUCAGAAACGUGACAUGCAUGACUUCUUUGUGGGACUUAUGGGCAAGAGGAACAUCCAGCCAGAUAUUCCUACUGAUGUGAAUGAAAAGAACGUCCCCAGCUUUGGCACUCUCAAGUAUUCCCCUGAUGCAGAAUGA